ACACUGUCAGGCGACUUGUCUCUCUUCCUUCAUCCUGCCCUCUGGAGAUAAGAGGGUUCGGAGUAACUCUCCAGCAUGGUUCCGGUCUCCUCCUAGAGGUCAUCGGAUAUAUUUGGCCAGACUAUCUACGCGUAAGCGAAUCUACCGGUUUUUGCUCCCGUUCCGACGUCCCGAGUGCCUGAUACCCGACUGGACGAACUCCUCGAGCUUUUUCUGUUCGGCAUUCUUAGCCAACCUAGAAUCGGAGCAGAAAAUACGACGCGAUUUCAUACUCGAGGCUAGUUUCAUAAUGAUGGCUCAACCUUUUCAUGAUAUAGUGCCUUCCUUACCGCACGAUCGAACGCCGUGAGCACCAAAUAUAGUUCCUUGCAGGUCAGCUCAACGACUGUCAUAAGCUCAGGUGUAGUCAUGGUUACUGAUGUUACCCCGUCAAAACAGUCCAGCUAACUGCAGGAGCGAUGUCGUCGCGAACGAGAGCUGGGAGCCGUCGAUCCCAGUACUCCCCGUCGUCAAGGUCAGCAGCUGCCAACACUUUCAGCACACGUGGCAGCAGCGGCGGAGGCGCGGUCGGCGCGGCCAGUUUCCUGGAUGGCAUUGCGCGGGAGCGACCGCACGUGGUGAUCGCGUCGUGCGCGGUCUUCGUUCUGAUCGCCACUAGGUUCUUCUGGUUCCCCGCGCCGUACAUCGCCAGCACGCUAGUCGAACCCGGCGGUUGCGAUUUCGCCGUUUACCUAAACGCCAGAGGGGUAUUAGAAGGCCCCUGGCUCAACGAUACCGCUGAUUCCACCGACGCUGCCGUCGCCGCCGCGGCUGCCGCUGCUGGCCUCGAUUUGAGCGCAGGCGCGGGGGUGCUGCUGGGGGAUACCGGGCCUUACAGGUUCGGCGGAGGCGCAGGUUCGGGAGGAGGCGGAGGAGGGUCGGGAGGAGGAUCGGGUGGAGGGGACGGAAUAAACGGUGGGGAGAAUGCGGGGCCGAUGUUUUUUUCGGGCAGGAGGUUGCAGGCGAUGGGGAAGAUGGUGGCAGCGCGGGAGGGCGAGGACGACGGGCGGGUGCCAUGGGCCGUGGUGGUGGAGGGGCUGCUCACCACUGGCGCGUUCAGCACCAGUGACCCCGUCACACUUGCCUUCGCGCGACUGGCUGAACGGUUCCUGGCCCCCUGGGCGAGAAUAGAGGGGAGUCAUGGAUGGUCGGAGAGGAGGGGUUGUGCAUUGGCGCGGAUCGGUGUGAGUGCAAGCAAGUCCCGAGCUAAAGAUGGUUAUUCCAUCAUUCAGUCUGCGUGGUGGUUGUCGCAUGGGUGCAUGGUUGCAUGGUCGAAUGGCUGUUUGAAUGCAUGGCUGCAAGGCUGUUUGGAUGCAUGUGUGUACUGAUGCGAGAGGAAUGUCCAUUCGAAUGCAUGCAUGCGUGUGUGCAUGCGUGAAUGCGUGCAUACCGUCGGGCCUAUAUGGAUGCAUGGGUGCAUGAAUGCGUGCCUGUUUGACUGCAUUUCCGCAGGGCAUUACUGAGGGGCUGGGAAAGACAGGCCUCAUCAAGCCAGCUGCACUGAAAGCCAUCGCUACCAACCCCAAGCUCAUGACGUGCGUGGCCCAGGUGCGCAUUGUGGAAGGGCGGGUCUAUUUCCGCUACGGCUCCUUCCUGGAAGACGAGAGGAAGCUUCUCAGAAUCAACCUGGCUGUGAAGAUGAUCCACGAGGCCGUGGUCACGUUUGAGCUGCAGACCUUACAGGCCGAGCUUUACCUGAACGCGUGUGACGACCCCCACAGCUACGACAACUCCCUCUCCUCUGGCCGCUCAGGCUUUGCAGUCCUGAGCACGCAGUGGACGCCCGGGGUCACCGACAUCCUCUUCCCAGACCCCCUCGACCUCACGUAUGCGUCUUCGCCCUCUCGACAUCUUGGGUUUGGUGUGGAGGAGCGGCGGAGGCAGCAUGAGAGGCAGGGGCUGGAGCCGCUGCCAGUGUGGGAGCGGAGGCAAAGCAAGGCGGUGUGGCGGGGGCGCUCACUGGAGUUUGUUCUCAAGGAAGCCAACUGGGCGACCAGCCUGCGUGUGCGGCUGCACCGCAUGACCGACGCCCGCCCCGACCUGCUGGACGCGCGCCUCACCAUGUGGGGCGAGAAGGACGGCACCGACGCCAAGAAGAUCCUGCUCAGGCACGGUGUGGUGUUGGCAGAGGAGCUGGAUGACGUGGCAGAGAGGCGCGACUACAAGUACGUGCUCGUGGUGGACGAGCAGAUCGGCACGCGCGCCAUGUGCCGCGCUCUCAGUGGCCCGCAGGCCGUCAUCCGCCACGCGUCAGGGUACUCGGAGUUCUUUGAGCCGCUCAUGCUGCCGGGGGUGCACUACGUGCCUGUGGGCCACAAUUUCCGGGACCUGUUCCGCGCCGUCGAGUGGAUGCAGCGCAACGACGCCGCCGUGCGCACCAUGGUGCGCAACGCCAACGAGCUCGCAGCGCUCGUGUGCACGUGGCAUUCGCGCGUGCACUUCUGGGCUGUGCUCCUCGCCAAAUACUCCUCCCGCGCCCUCGAGAACCCCGUUGCCGUUGUUGCCCCCACCCCGUGCCGCGCCGGCCGCGUAAGGGUUAGUUCGGAGUGGGCGAAUUCUACUAUUUCCGGGGCUUGCAAAGUGGAAAGGAGUGUAGAUGAGGGAGCGGCUUCGUGGACGCAGCUGGCAAAGGCUGCUGGGGAGAGGGGGGCUAGUGCGCUGUUGGAGGUUUUGGGUUUGGAUGGGAGCCUUUUAGAAGGGAUAGGAGAUGACAACUUGGAUAGGUGUAGUGAUUUUUGUGUACAAGGAGUGCCCGAGGAUCAGUGGGUUUGGCUAGAUGCGGAGGAGAGCUUGAGAGACGUCUAUCCGCAUGACCCCAUUGGCCGGUCUUUGCACCUUUAUGAUCAAUAAUAGCAUCUCCUGUUGCCCAUGGGGCUUACAGGUUUUUAGCGUCUGGGAUUCAAUCUAAUGAGCAUCUGAGCGUUCU